AUGUCGGACGCAAAUCCUACAUCAGCGUCGAGGCCCAGCUCCGCUGCAGGUCCAAGCAAAGCGAUAGCGGAUCCAGCGUCGACUAAAUCGCAGCAAGCAAAACAGCCCGCCAAGGAAGGCGCUACGGACAAAAAAUCAGCCAAGGAACUCAAGGCUGCGCGAAGAGCUGCCAAGGUAGCCGAACGUGCGCCCAGUGAUGGUUCAGAGCCUCAAAGAGCGCCAUCGGCAGUAAACGCCGCUCAACGAGGCGGUGCAGCCGAUCGCAGUCAACAGCACAGUCGCGAUGGCAAACGACCUGGAUCAUCGUCCGCAAAUGCUUCAGGAGGCAAUGCAAGGCUGGGAACGGGUGCAAUUGGUGCUGUUGGCAGCAAUCUAGUAGGAAAUUCAGGUGCUUCAGCGAGUGGUGCAGCAGCUGCUUCUAUGGCUGCUCUAGCCUCUAGCUCUGGCGCCAAAAGAGGCGGACACGACAACGACCUCGCCGCCAAGUUGAUUCCUCAGCAUCCCAGCGUCGCACUCUUUGGCAACGUCUCGUCGGGCAAAUCGCACAAAGCACACAUUGCAGCCCAAGUCUCUGCCUCAUUCCGUUCCAACAUUCAUCCUUCGAUUUUACGACUCUCGUCUCAGCUCGCCCAGUACAAGCUCAUGGGGGCGGAUGCGCGUGCUAUCGCAUUACUCCGUGCGAUGGCCGACGUCAUCCGCGACUACACCACGCCCAGAGGCGAAAUGCUUAAUCGCGACCUUCUUAAAUCCGUCUCGGCUCAAGUCGGACAUCUCGUCGAUGCGCGCGCUAUGGGCACGUCUCAAGGCGUCGCUGUUCGCUACCUCAAAUACGAAAUCUCGGUCGUCAGUGCAGAUCUCACCGAAGAUGAGGCCAAAGAACACCUCUUGGAGCGAAUCGACCACUUUGUACGUGAUCGCAUCGUCUAUGCUUCCAAGAUCAUCCGCACCCAGGCGGGAAACAAGAUCAAGGACGGUGAUGUUGUCAUGACUUUCGCGCGGUCUUCCGUGGUCGAAGGUACGCUGCUCGCUGCCUGGCAACGCGGUGUUCGCUUCCAAGUGAUCGUUGUCGACACGCGGCCUCUGCUCGAAGGAAAGGCCUUGCUCUCAGUUCUUCUUGCCGCGGGUAUCCCAUGCACGUACGGCCUCAUCUCAAGUCUUUCCUCGCUCAUGCCACGUGCCGACAUCUUGCUUUUGGGAACAUCCGCCUUGCUCGCCAACGGUGCGCUCUACUCGCGCGCCGGCACAGCCACGUGCGCUAUGAUGGCCAAACAAAAGGGCAUCCCCGUCAUCGUGUGUUGCGAGACCUACAAAUUCUCCGAACGUGUGCAGCUCGACUCUUUCGUGCAAAACGAAGCUGGAAAUCCGCAAGACCUGCUGCUUCCCUCAUCGGAACAGGCCUACGAUGUCACAACGGAUGCGGACCACGACGGCAGCGAGGCAGACAACAAGCGCCGCGGAGCACUCAUCGAUGUAGCUGAAUGGCAAGCUUCGCCUAACUUGGCAGUCAUCAACCUGCUGUACGAUGUGACUCCGCCCCGAUUCAUCUCGGCUGUUGCGAGCGAAGUUGGGCUGUCGGGUCCAGAAAGCGUGGGCGUCAUCUUGCGCGAUUACAAGAGCGUUUUGUACGGUGUUUAG